UUUAAUAUCAUGACAUCUCCUAGUUUAUUAAAUGCUAUUUUACCCCUAAGUAGCUCGCCCAAAUCAAAUACUUUUAGUUUGUAUGCUGAAUCCUCUUCUACUCGAAGAGGAUCAUUGGAUUCUUCUCCUAGUCUACCUCGGAGAUUCAUUGGAACUGAAUCCAGGAACUUUGUUCCAUCUAAAAUAGGCGAUAGUGGCACUAAUUCCGAACAUCAUUCAAGACAAAACAGUUUUCAGUCUGGCAUUGAUACCCAGUCUUUUAAUACCCACUUUGAUAAGAAAGAGACCAAGUCUACACUUGACCCUCAUUCUUUAUUAAAAAUGGCUCCCAAUGUAGUAAAGUCAAGAAAAGGAAGUGUUUUGGCUAGAAACACAAUCUUAAAAAUGGACCAUUUCUCGAGCGGAACCAAUACCAACCUCGAUUUCCACCUUCAAGGUGCACCUAAUUUCCGCAUUGCGGAGCUCAAUGUUCAUGGUGUUGCACAGCCUACUGUCAUUGGUCUCUCAACUAUUCUGGCUAUCUUGAAUAGUCAUCCAAAAAGUUUAAAUUCUUCAUCUUGUACUUGGUUUUCCACUCGUGAAGAGCCUUUAGUUUAUUUAAAUGGCACUCCUUACGUAUUAAGGGAUUAUGCCGAUCCAAUGCAAAACAUGAGUACCUUUUACGGUAUCAAUUCUGUUCGAUUAGAGAAAGUUGAGGAGCGAUUAAAACAUGAUGUUGUGACUGAGGCCAAGUCAUUAGGAGGUUUGCUUUUGGUCCAUCAAGAAUUAUCGGAUGGAUCUGUGGUACCUUGUUAUAUUGCUGCUGAUACAGUUCAAACACCAAAAGAAGUGUUUCAAGGCUUUCAAAGUAAAGGCUAUCGCGUAAAAUACUUUCGGAUUCCAAUUUCACCUGGACAAGCACCUGAAGACAACUAUUUUGAUGAAUAUAUCAAUGUCAUUCGCAACUUGGAACCGACAGACCCUCUCAUUUUCAACUGUGGGAUUGGUGCUGUACGCACUACUGUGGGCAUCAUUAUUGCUCAAAUUAUACGCCGAACACAGCUAAUCGAGCGUGGUCAACCAGAUCCAUUUCCAAUUCCAGGCUACAGCUACCCUAUGACAACAACAAAUAGUCCUAAUAUGUCUGAUGACUCAAGUAUCAAUCGAUUUGUCAAAGGAUUGGAAGAAGCAGAUAAUACGAAUGCAAAGAACAAUGCUUUAUUGCGAAUUGUCUUGAUUCUUGAAAAUGCAUUAAACUCUAAAUUGUCAACUCGUUCAGCUGCAGAAUGGAUUUUGGAAAGAGGCCCCUUGGUUGAAAAUCUCAAGGAAGCUAUUAUGGGAAAUUAUCAAUCUAUCAUGGCAUUAACAACUGUACUAGAAAGUGGUAUAUUUAGCAAGAAAAUAUUGGAUGCAGUCAUUGAUAAAUCUGAUGCAGUCAUUAACUUAAGAGAAUCUAUCUUGACCAAUCGUAUUCGACAAAUGGCACAUACCUCUUCUUCAGAAUACAACGACAAAAAUUACCUAGGCAAGGCUCUAGAUGGCCUACAAAGAUACUUUUUCCUCUUGUGCUUUUCAGCUUAUGUGAAUGAAUCCACCAGUACAAAAUUCGAAGCACGGUUUUCUUCUUGGAUCAAAGCACGUACCGAAAUUUGGGCAAUGCUUCAAAACAUGCGUCGUAAGGGUCCUCGUCCUUACUUUUUCCGUCCUGUAGAAGAUUUGCACUUGUUGAAUCCCGGUGCUAAUCAUGGGCAAAAGCGUACAAACAACGCUUUAAGCAAAACGACAGGCCACCAUGCUCUUACUCAAGGCAUGUUUGAUAUGACAGGUGCUGGUCCUCAAUCAAGUUCUGGAAUUACUGUUGAAAUGGAAGAAUUUGUGAUUAAUUCUCGCAAAGGCGUGGUACUUACUUCUCAAACGAUCCUCAAAGUCGAUUUCUGGCAUUUUGGCUAUUUGAAUGAUAACCAUCAAGAUAAUGAAGAACAUCAAAAUACAUCUGAGAGACAUCAUAGUUUUGUCAUUGAUGGUGCUUCUAACUUUAGACGGAUUGAAAACACACAUGUGUAUGGUGUAGCUCAACCUACUGUCAAUGGACUUCGCCAAGUGAUCCGCAAUUUGCUACAAGAUAGACCCAAAAACGAACGUAUCUUAUGGAUUAAUCUGCGUGAGGAACCCAUCAUCUACAUCAAUGGCAUUCCUUAUGUACUUCGUGAUCGAGCUUUUACUUUACGUAACUUGCGUGCCUAUAAGGGCAUCACAGGCACUCGUAUGGAGCAAUUGGAAGACAGACUAAAAGAAGAUGUAGUUCGAGAAGUGCUCCAAUGCGGUGGUCGUAUUUUAUUGCAUGGUGAAGACAAUGAAGGAAACGUUCUUUCAUCCUGGGAAGAAGUGGAUAUUCAAGAUAUUAUGACCGUGCGUGAAGUCAUGGAGUUUGCUGCUGUGGAAAUCCAACAAGAACUUUCCCUACGUGAUUCUUCGGAUGAAGAGGAUCAACGCAAGAACCUUGCAGAAGAAAAUAGACUUUUAGAAUAUCACCGUGUGCCCAUCACAGCUGAAAAGGCACCCGAAUGGAGAGAUUUAGAUGAUUUGACUAGUUUAGUCACUGGGGUUGAUCUAUCCAAGACAGCCAUCAUUAUGAAUUGUCAAGUUGGUCUCGGUAGAUCGACCACAGGUACCAUCAUUGCCAGUUUACUCACACGCUGGAUUCGUCCCAGAAACAAAGCCACUUGUCUCCCACGCUAUCCCAACUAUCAAAUCAUCAACAGUUUGCUUCGUGUCAUUAAGAGAGGUUUAGAAAACAAGCAAGUAGUUGAUGCAGUCAUUGAACAAUGUAGUAUCAGUGGCAGUCAUCUGAUCAAGACAAUUGAAUCCGCUCGUAUUCAGGCCGAAAAAGAAAAAGAAAAUCCUGCUGAAUUUAAGCGUACUGUGAAGCGAGGCAUUACAUCACUUGAACGCUAUUUCAUGUUCAUUUGCUUUCAGGCCUAUUUAGAUAGUACUUCACCCUCCCUCGUCCGAGACACGGAGAGCUUUGGGCGCUGGAUGAAGCGCCUUCCUGAACUCGCUACUAUCUUGCAAGACUUACUCCAUACUAAAGAUGAAUUCAGUGCUUUAGUGCCUGUUGAACAAUCACUCGGUGGUGGUGAUGGUAUGGCUUUAUCCAGUGAAGUCAUGCGUGUGGUCCAUUCUCGCCAUGGUCAAGUUCUUGCACAACAAACGAUUCUAAAACAUGAUGCUUUCCCUGGUUGUCAAAAGAUGAGCCUUAAAGAGAAAAUCCCUGGUGCUUACAAUUUUAGACGUGUAGAGAUCAGUCAGGUGAAAUAUGCUGUAAAAGAAGGAGGUCUUGCUGCUAAUUUGAGUGGCCUUGCUGCUGAUAUGGAGCGUGAUGACGAAAAGCCUUUGGCUGCUCCUUUUAUUGCAGGCUGUGCUAUGCCUAAUAAAGAUGCCAUUAAAUCUAUCUUGAAAGCUAUGCAGGCUGGUCCUGGAGGUCGUCGUUGGGUUUACUGGACCUGUCUUCGAGAAGAACCUGUGCUUUAUGUCAACAAGAACCCUUAUGUGCUACGUUUGUUUAUUGAUCCACUCAAAAAUCUCGAAACAACUGGUAUCUCACGCGAAAGAGUAGAAAGCAUGGAAGAUCGAAUGAAACUGGAUGUAGUACAAGAACUGGACGAAUACGAUAAUCGGAUGCUGUUACACGACGAGGACAGUGGUUUCAAUUUAUUGCCUUUGUGGGAAACUGUACCAAAAGAUCAAGUAGAAACACCUCGUCAAGUAUUUGAAUCCAUUCGUGCUGAGGGUUAUCAAGUAGACUAUCUUAGAAUUCCAAUUACGGAUGAACAAGCACCUAUACCUGAUGUAUUUGACCAGUUAAUCCAAAGAAUGCAUACAGCGAAUCAGGGUGUGGACGUAAUCUUCAAUUGCCAAAUGGGCCGUGGACGUACCACAACCGGGAUGAUUGUAGCUUCUCUCUUAUCUAUGGUAUUGAGUAAUGAUGCUUUUGAUUUGACUACUGAUAUAAUUCAAGACAAUGAUGGCCCACACGACGAAAGAGAACGUUAUCAAAAUGGUGAAUACAGAGUUAUUCUCCAACUCGUGACCGUUCUCACCUUUGGAAAACUAGCAAAGCGUCUUACAGAUCAAGCUAUUAAUAUGUGUGACCAUAUGCAAAACUUAAGAAAAGCAAUUUAUGAUUAUAAGCUACGUUUCGAGGCAAUGACAGAUCAAGGCUCUAAGAAAUGGAAAGCAACACGUGAGGUCGCAUUGAAUUAUUUGGUGCGAUAUUUCUAUCUUAUUGUGUUUGCCAACUAUCUUUUAGAAGAAAUGCGCAUUACACACAAAGACGAGAGUGCUUUCAAAGAAGCAAGAAAGCUGCCUACUUUUAAAGAAUGGCUCAAAGGACGCAGAGAAAUUGUUAAUAUUAUUUCAUUACAAAUGCUAGAAUUAUCCUAAUAAAAAAAUCACACAUUUUGUUUGGGAAAA